UGUUGCUUACGUGUAAACAGCAAAGGUGAAGUUAUCGUUAACUUGCGAAGAAAGUACAUCCUAAAAGCUUGCCUAAGAAAUUGAGAAAGUGAAGAAAUUCAACGGUAAAUAGUUCAGUGUCCAAUACCAAAAUGUACAACCCAACAAUAGAACCAGGGUAUAAUGAUAAAAUGGAGGCCCCUCCACAGUACACCCAACCAUAUCCAGGACAACCUAUGCAACAACAGCCAAUGCCACAGCCUGGCUUCAUGCAACAACAAAGCACUAACAACACAACUGUUGUGAUACAGCAGCAACCUCAGCAAGUUGUCAUCCAAGGUCCACAGGAUUGGAGCACUGGCUUAUGUGGUUGCUUUGAAGAUUUUGGAGUAUGUUUAUUUGCGUUUUGCUGCCCGCUCAUUCACUCUUGUGUUGUGAGUGGCAAAGCUGGUGAAUGUUGUUGUGUUGCAUGCUGUUGUCCUGUUGCUCUUCGAACCAAGAUCAGAAUAAGGCAUAAUAUUGCAGGAAGUAUCGUUAAUGAUUGGUUUGUUAUGGCAUACUGCGGUUCUCUUGCUAUGUGUCAAAUGGACCGAGAAUUAAAUAUUCGUGGCAUUUAGAUUGAGGAACUUUCAACUUUUAAAAUGAUUCAAUGUGAUGUAACAACCUCUCUAUAUAGCAUUUGUAGCUUGACACUUUGUAUGGCUUUUAUCGUUUGUAAUAUUUUAUAAUCAAUAAAAUGUUUUGAAGCUUA